AAAGUUGAAUAAUUCAUAUACUUUUCUAUUCCUCUACCGCUGAAGAUUUGAGCAAGAUGUUUUUAAGGUUCCGACUUAGUUUAAAAAGCGGGUGCACAUGCGUUGAUGAAUCGGCGGAAGAGGGCGAUAUUGUCACGCACACCGAGAACUACCAAGAUAAACGUCAUCAUAAUUCACAAACCAUUACGCGUAGCCAAGAACCAUAUUCCUGUGCGCGAUCAUCCAGGCCAAACCAAAACGGUAUGAGAAAAGGCAGAACUCUAGUGUCCAAUACAAACAUCCGCCAAGAUCCAGUACAGACACAUGUGCUUCAUGGAAUAGAAGAGACGAAAAACUAUGCGCUUCACCGAGAUUCAAUGCCUAAAAAUGCAAACGAUGUUCCUAGGGAUACAAAACCAACAGAACCAAACCAAAAUGAAAACGUUAUUGAAGUGUUUAUUCGCGAAUCCAUUCGUUCAGAGAUAGUCCGCGCAAAGCCUGCAGAGUAUAAAUGUUUUGAUGCCGUCGUUGUUUACGAUUCAAGAGAUUAUGACUAUGUAUUGCAGUUUAAAUCAUUUAUUGAAUCACUUACAAAGGAAAUCCCAGUACCAGAUAUCAUUCGAAUUGAACUUUUUGACAGUGAACAGUUUGCGCAGUCCAAAAUACAAGUCAUAGUUGAUAUAUUGUCAAGAAGCUGCAUUGUGUUCUUCUAUCUGUCUCAAAACUCUAACACGCCGUAUUUUAACCUUUUUUGUGAAGAAGCGACAGCGAGAACGUUCCUAGAAAGCCAUGAAACAGGGACGGAAAUGCUACCAAAUAGUAUUUUAAAACCCGUUCAUUCCAGUCCAAAAUUUCAAAGAAAUUACAAAACGCCCCCGGGAUUUUUAGCAUUGCAAAGCAUUGACUGGUUUGAUAGAGAAUCACCGUUUACUCGUGAAAAAGUGAUCACCGUCCUGAAAGAGGCUGUAGUUGUACGAAAACGUAAGGAAAUUGAUGCAAACGUGAAAAGGAACUUCAAAUAUGCACACGAGUUGCAAAAAAAGCUAGACUUGAGCUCAUGAAAAGCAUCUUUCGCGAAAUGUUUAUCAUUGUUUCUAGAAUAAUGAUACUAUAACUUUUGAUCUAUAAAAUGAAAUGUUUUCAUAUAGUAUUUAUAUGAGUAUCAAUAUUCUUGUGUUUUCGAAAGUGUAUCUGUACUUGUUGUUUUUCCUCAAAAGUCUGAAAAUAUUUCAUGAUUAUUCAGUUUUAUUUUAGGAAGGGAGCACACCUUAUUUAUCAUUCGUUUGCAUUUAUACUUGUACAUUUAUUUAUGAAAUAUUUUUCUUUUAUUUACAUAUCUACCUCAUGAAUUUACGACUAAAUGUGAUAUGUUAUGUUAUGUUUUCU